GAGGAGGAAGAAAGGGGGCUCAGAGGGGAGAGCGCAGGACGGAGCGGGGAGUGGCCCCUUCACUCCCGGGGGCCCAAGGCGGGGCAAAGAGUGGAGGGGGGGCAGCCCUAGCCUCUCGCCUCCGGGGGUUUGGGGGGAAAUAUCCUGGGUGCGUGUGUGCACGCUUCCACACGCGCCUGUUCAAAGUGAGUGAGUGUGAGCAAAGGGGGUCGGCGAGCUGGGCGACCCCCUUCUGGCAGCCAUGAGUUCCCCUCCGCCCCCCCGGAAGGGCUUUUACCGGCAGGAGGUCACUAAGACAGCUUGGGAGGUGCGGGAACUCUACCGCGACCUGCAGCCCGUGGGCUCUGGGGCUUACGGGGCCGUGUGCUCGGCCAUUGACAGCAGGACCGGCACCAAGGUGGCCAUCAAGAAGCUGUACCGUCCCUUCCAGUCGGAGCUGUUCGCCAAGCGCGCCUACCGGGAGCUGCGGCUGCUCAAACACAUGCGCCACGAGAACGUGAUUGGCCUACUGGAUGUCUUCACCCCGGAUGACACACUGGAUGACUUCACAGACUUUUACCUGGUCAUGCCGUUCAUGGGCACCGAUCUCAGCAAGCUGAUGAAACAUGAGCAGCUCAGCGAUGACCGGAUCCAGUUCUUGGUUUACCAGAUUCUUCGGGGGCUCAAGUACAUCCAUGCUGCUGGCAUCGUCCACAGGGAUCUCAAACCCGGUAACCUGGCAGUGAAUGAGGACUGUGAGCUGAAGAUUCUGGACUUUGGCCUGGCCAGACAGACAGACAGUGAGAUGACUGGCUACGUGGUGACCAGAUGGUACCGGGCACCUGAGGUCAUCCUCAACUGGAUGCGUUACACACAGACAGUGGACAUCUGGUCUGUGGGCUGCAUCAUGGCAGAGAUGAUCACUGGAAAGAUCCUUUUCAAAGGGAGUGACCACCUGGACCAGCUGAUGGAGAUCAUGAAGGUGACGGGGACACCUCCCCCCGAGUUUGUGCAGCGCCUCCAGAGUCAGGAUGCCAAGAACUACAUGGAGAAUCUCCCAGAGCUGGAGAAGAAGGACUUUGCCUCCAUCCUGAAGAACGCGCCCCCCCUGGCUGUGAACCUGCUCGAGAAGAUGUUGGUACUGGAUGCCGAGAAGCGAGUGACAGCUGCCGAGGCGCUGACUCACCCCUACUUUGAGACUGUGCAUGAAUCCGAGGAGGAGCCCAAGGCCCAGCUCUACGAUGACUCCUUCGACGACGUUGACCGGACCUUGGAGGAGUGGAAACGUGAGUCCUGGCCUUCCAUGCCCUGACCCCACCCUGGCCAAUUGUAACCUGGGCCAAGGGCUGGCAGAAGACUGCCUGUCCCUGUCCCUGGUGAUCUGUUUCUUUUUGCCUAUACCCACCUACCCUCAGCCCUUCUCUCCCUCUGGUUUUUUUCUUGUUUCCUUCCUUCCUCCCU